CUUCGAUGGUUGUGUUAUUCUUAUUGAAUCUACUUCGUAUUAUCCGUACUUCGUACUUGCAAUGCAAGGCACAUGAUCUCCCACUAGCUGCUUUGGGAUAGGAUGCGGAGACCGAUAAGAGGUACUGUCUACUACUGCUUGAGGCAAUCCACCAGUGACAACUCAUCUUUCACUGGCUUGUUUGUUCCCCUACAUGUGUGCGCUGGAUCGACACAUUCGGCUUGAGAAUCUCAGAAUUCUGUCUCCCUGCUUCUAUGCGUCGGGCUCAUAGACCGCUCAUCGCUGUCUAGCUCCAGUCUUUCGUCCUCUCCCUAGUACACAACCCAAUUCUAGAUUCAUCACCUCACACCAAGAUGAGCUCACUCAACCUACAAUGCGGGCAGCUGGACUCCCCCGACUACAAGAACUUCAUCCUGUCUAUUCUAAUCGUCUUUGGCAUCCUCCUGUCCUACCUCCCCCAACACAUCCGCAUCAUCUCCCUCAGAUCCUCCUUUGGAAUAUCCCCCUACUUCGUCCUCCUAGGCACGACCUCCGGCUCAUCCGCCCUCGCCAAUGUCGUCUCGCAACAACAGAGUCUCCACGACAUGUCGUGCUGCAAGCAGAUCAGCGGACUCGGUUGUUUCUCCGCCCUUCUAGGGAUUCUCCAGGUCGGAACGCAAUGCCUCUGUUUCUUCCUGAUCCUCUUUCUUUUCGUACUCUACUUCCCCCGCCACCAUAACCAGCACCACAGCCACCGACCAGACACCCCAACCUACCGCACCGCCCUGACCGUCGCGGGGAUCUGCAUCCUGCACGCGCUCGUCAUGCUCAUCACCACCCUGGCCGUCGGGCUCCGCCGGCCCGAGGCCCUGCAAUCCUGGUCCAACUUCUGCGGUGUACUCGCCGCCCUCCUCGCCUCGGUCCAGUACUUCCCCCAGAUCUAUACCACGGUGCGCCUGCGCUGCGUCGGCAGCCUCAGCAUUCCCAUGAUGUGCAUUCAGACGCCAGGCAGUCUCGUGUGGGCGGGGAGUCUGGCGGCGCGGCUGGGUCGCGCCGGAUGGAGUACCUGGGGGGUGUUGAUCGUGACGGCGUGUCUGCAGGGAACCUUGCUAGGCCUGGGCGUAUGGUUCGAGUUCCUCGGUCCCGAAAAGGGACACAGCCAUGACGAGGACGGCGAUGCUGUCACCAAGGACCCCGCGACUGACGGGGUAUCGAGCCGUGGUGUGGCAGCUGCAGCUGCAGCUGAAGACGAAGAGGAGGGUCAGGCGCGGGAUCAGCCAUCUGAAGAAACGCCGCUUCUGGGAAGGUAAGGUAGAACCUUCGCAGGAGCGAGUGCGUCUCUCUUUCUCUCUCCUUCAUCCCUCUAUCUUCUCAUCUCAGCUCAUCUCUUGGUAUAACUCGACACUUUGGACACAGUUUAGAAAUCAAGGAUAUAUAAGAUCUCUGGGUCAACACCAUGCUCCAAGGGCUUUUUUUAAAGGCUACUGUAAUUGUCUGUGCUGAAUGGCGUUCGUGCAUAUACGCUCAUCUUAUAUCGGGCGGGGGAUAGCUUACAUGAGUCCGAAAAAUACUGUGUAGAAUGUCUGGUGUUUACCAUGUG